AUGGGCCUUGGCGGAAGAAUAGGCAACGCCCCCCUUGCCAGUCCUGCUUUCAGAGAGGCUUCUCAGGCGGCUUGCAGGGCUCGUGCCACAAAUGAACGCCUGAGCCAAAAUGCCCCAACUCCCUCUAGACGCAGGGCUCGGUCGUCCUCCGAUAACUCUGAUUCUGACAAUCAGCCGCUAUCCCAAAGACGUCGGCGCCGAGCCCCUCACCCGAUGUCCGACUCCGGCCCGUCAUCUAUCCCUUCUCCUCCACCAAUUGCAGCUGCCUCUCCUCCAUCCCCUCAGGUGACUCCACGUCCAAUCCCGAGCCAUGUAGCUGAUCCCCCUACUUCAUCCAAUAAUCAGGCCGAGCCCCCAUUGGCUCAUCCUUCCACCUCACAGCACGCUCAUGACAAUAAAGCUAGCCCCUCAGAACGACCUUCCACUAUCCCGCCUGCAGUACCUCAUCAGGGGCCUUCUUCAACUCCUUCUGGUGCAACCGCCGAGCCUUCAGCUCCUCCAGGCUCAGCCGCGGGUCCUUCAGGACCCCCUUUGCUUAUUUAUCAGAAUUAUUACACUACUCUUCCUUAUGAGGAGCAGUUAUGGUCUCAGACAGAUGUUCCCACCAGCUCCCUAAAGAUAAAAGGUCGUCUGGCCACUCUCUGGGAAGAAAGCCUGCGGCAUAUGGAUUCUUUGCCUCCCCCGGACCAGAUAGACCAAUUUGCAGAGUUAUAUAUCAAGGCUCGUGCAGAAUCUUUGAUAGUGAACCAUUCCUUCCAUACUACGCAUUAUCAGAAUAAGAUGCUGCGAGACCAUGUUGCUGAACUAACAACUGAAUGA